AGGUUGUGCAAAGAUGUACAAAUGUCAGUCUGCAGCUUCGGUUUUAUUCUUUGUAUGCCUUUUUGUGGAGCGCAGCAGAUGCAGGAGUGUGCCGGCUACCCCUCAAUGCCCGCAGCCAUGUGGUGACAAUGUUGAUGACUUCUGCCCCAACCGUCUGGUCCUCUCAGCCGAAAGCCGCGGAAUGUACAACCUCUCGGCUCCUCUGACUGAAUCAGAUGGAUGGGAUAUUCGGGUGUUGCAUAUCGACAAAUCCGAUACUGUCAAGGUUCCAUUCAUGGUAUCCAUCUACGAUGAGAUCAACUACCAAAAGUUGUUGGCCCGCGAUGCAAGUGCCGAGCCAUGCAAAGAAGAUUCAGCACUGAACAAGUGGGUGAAUUGCAUGUCGCUGCAGACCAAAGAAUGCCGAGGGCACAACAUGAAGGUGGACGGGAAGGAGCAGUACGUUCCUUACACGAUCGCUGUGAUCACACCGAACCCCGAAACGAAUUUGCAUAUCUUGCUGCGUGUGAGAGUCGAUGCUGCAUUCAUGCCGGAUGAAGAGUGUUGGAGUUUGGGUCUCCCUUGCAGUUUUUGGUCGACGCUGUUCUGGUUAUGCUUUACUGCGGCGGUAAUCUACACGAUAUUCAGAUUCAGACAGCAAAUUUCUGAGCGUCUAGAGGGUCUGAACCUUCCGGGCACGUCCAUUUUGAAAGGACCGUGGCGAAUCUUUUCGGGGAGAUUGAACGGGGGUGGAGGAGAUGGAGGCGAGGCUUGCUCAAAGUGGAAGCACUCAGCCAGGCCUUACGUCUGGCAACGAGAGCGAACC